AUGUCUACAGACACGUUUCUACGAGCAUUCAGACGAUUCGUCUCACGACGAGGAGUACCACGGAUCAUCUACACUGACAAUGCUCUGACUUUCAAGCGGUCCAAGAAGCACCUGGAAGAACUUUGGAACGGAAUUCGGAACCCCGCGGUGCAAGAUCACUUCGCAGGUCAGAAGGUACAGUGGAAAUUCAUCGUGGAAAGAGCCCCUUGGUGGGGUGGGUUCUACGAGCGUCUGAUGGGAUCCACGAAGCUGGCGUUGAAGAAAACUAUAGGAACAAAGUUUUUGUCUGCGGACGAGCUGACAACGUACCUGUGCGAAAUAGAGGCAGUCUUGAACUCAAGGCCCCUAACCCACCUCUAUGACGAACCUCAGGAGCCAGUGCCACUUUGCCCCGCUUACUUUCUCGCAGGAAGAGGACUGACCACGCUACCGAACUUAACGGGUCCGGAAGUAACUAACAUAGCACACAAUCAGCUGCGCAAAUCGUGGUCGGAUCGCCAAAUGGUUUUGGCAGCAUUCUGGAAAAGAUGGUCCAAAGACUAUCUUGCAGAGUUGAAAACAGGGCCGUCAACAAGAGGACGGAAAGCAACGAUUGAGGAAAGAAAACUCGUUUUGCUGCAAGAGACUGCAAGAUGGCAAGAGUCGAAAAGUGUUUCGUCGGAAGAGAUGGGAAGGUCAGGUCGUGCAUGCUGA